UAAAGAGCAACGUAAUCGCUUUGCUUGGAUAAAAGAAAACGAAAAAAAAUUCUUGCACAAUAGUAGGAACGAGAUAUUGUUCAAUCGAUGGUAUUGUUCUGAAUUGGGUGCCAUAACGGCUUUGACCUACUCUCCUAACGGAGGCCAUAUUAUCGUUGGUCACACGUCAGGGAUGAUACAGAUGCGCCAUGGGAGUACAGGCGUGGUACUCUGUACGCUGCGUAACAUCCAGUACCCGCCGAAGCCUGUUUAUGCUUUAGAAUACAGUCGUUCAGAAGAAAGAGUUUGCUAUGCUGCGUGCACUGACGGUGCUAUUUAUCGAAUUGAAAUACCUAACCUUCAUACAUCGAUAGAUGACCCUCCAGAAUAUUGCAUCCGCGCAAAUCCCGCGCUAGAGUGCUAUAACACACAAUUUUACGGAUCUCCUGGUAUUUCGUCCUCUUCGACGCCGUUCAUAACACAAAGAUGCCCGGCGCUCUCCUUGGGAAUAAUGUCUGACCAGACUAAAAUGGCCGUCGGUUACGCUGAUACGUCCAUAAAAAUCUACGAUAUGGAAACUCAAGAGGUGGUUCUAACGUACAAGGUUCACAAGUUACGUCUGCAGUUCAUACCGAAGAAACUUCAGAGGAUGCAUUAUGGUGCCGUGUGUGCGCUCCGAUGUCACGAUCAAAAACCAUACAUGUUUGCCAGUGGAGCUUGGGAUAACACUUUGAGGAUUUGGGACGUAAGAUGCAAAGUCGGUUGCGUUAUGACAUUCGAAGGAGUCAACAUUUGCAGCGACAGCAUUGAUUUAAACAGGGAUCACUGCAUUGCCGGUAGCUGGCAGCCGACACAGGCCCUUACGGUAUGGGAUUUAGUUGCCAAGAAAAGACUGCACAUCAUACGAGCUCAGAACAGGCGUCCUAACGUCGACGGAGAAUAUAUUUAUGCGUGUCGAUACUGGAAAUCGAAACAGUUCAACAGAAAAGGUAAAUACGCUAUCAUCGGCGGUAGCGGUACAGACUGCCUCGAGGUUAUAAACCUGCACAACCGGUACAUAUCGUGUUCUUACCCAGCUGCUGGCGCAAUUUUCGCUGUCACCAGCCAUGAGGAUAGAAUUGCUUUCGCGGGCGCUGCCCCCGUUUUCAACAUUGUAAGUUUUCAUGACCCGAAGCACGAACCAUACAAAACAGAGGAUGCGGAUGAGAGAUCCCAGUGUGAAAUCAACAUUAAAGACCUUACGUGGUUUGACGAGAUCGAUCGGAAUAAUUCGGUAGGUGUUGCCGACCGUAAGUCGCAGACUACUAAAGCUAGUUCAAUAAUGAGUCAAGCUCCUGUGGAAACUAAAUUUUGA